AGUAGAUGAUAAAUUAGCCCUCUGUGGACUUGUAAUGCUAAUGUUACGAAAGAAAAUUCAGUGCGUGUGCUUGUGUGCGCGCGCGCGGGUGUGUGAGAGUGUGUUUUGGACAUUCAUCUGAACCGAAAACUUUCUAAAUGAGAUGAAGGCGCCAGUUAGAAAAUGUGCGCUUAUUUGUUGGGAAUGGUCGCCUCUUGUCGUCAGCGACCGCACAAGUCACAGGAAAGUAGCUUGUAGACUUCCGGGUGGUGACAGCCACCAUGUCGGUGACUGUUCAUGAGAAUCGGAAAUCCCGCACCAGCACAGGAUCCAUGAACAUCUCGCUGUUCCACAAGCCGUCGCACCCGGACAGCGUCUUGACGCACCUGAACACAAUGAGGAAACAAUGCAUGUUUACAGAUGUCACGCUGUGGGCUGGGGAUCGCUCUUUUCCGUGUCACAGGGCAGUCUUGGCAGCAUGCAGCCGUUACUUUGAGGCCAUGUUCAGCGGGGGGCUACGAGAAAGUAUGGACAGUGAAGUUCAUUUCAGAGACACCAUACACCCUGAGGUCUUGGAACUUCUGCUGGAUUUUGCCUAUACAUCUCGAGUCGUUAUCAAUGAAGAGAAUGCAGAAUCACUGUUAGAAGCAGGAGACAUGUUGCAGUUUCAUGACAUCUGUGAUGCCGCAGCAGAAUUUUUAGAAAAAAACCUGCACUCUUCCAACUGCCUGGGAAUGAUGCUGUUAUCAGAUGCCCAUCAGUGUAAGAGAUUGUACGAGCUAUCUUGGAGGAUGUGCCUGCUGCACUAUGAAACGGUGUGGGAAUCUGAGGACUUCUAUAGUUUAACGAAAGAAAAGCUGCUGGAACUUAUACUUAGUGAUGAGCUGGAGAUAGAAGAUGAGCAGGUUGUUUUUAACUCUGUUAUGCGAUGGGUUCGAUAUGACUUGGAUUGCCGGCGUCACCAUUUACCAGAGCUUCUUCGGGGCAUCAGGUUGGCUCUUCUCCCCUCGGAAUGUCUUCUACAGGCCGUAGCAUGUGAAGAGCUAGUUAUAGCCGACAAAAGGAGCAGGGUAAUUGUAGAAGAGGCGAUGCAGUGUAAAAAGAGAAUUCUUCAAAAUGAUGGGGUUGUGACAAGCCCCUGUGCACGACCACGCAAGGCAGGGCACACGCUGCUCAUAUUGGGAGGCCAGACGUUUAUGUGCGACAAGAUAUAUCAGGUUGACCAUAAAGCAAAGGAGAUCAUACCGAAGGCGGACCUUCCCAGCCCAAGAAAGGAGUUCAGCGCAUGUGCCAUUGGUUGUAAGGUUUAUGUGACGGGAGGAAGAGGAUCAGAGAAUGGAGUGUCAAAGGAUGUCUGGAUCUACGACACUGUCCAUGAGGAAUGGUCAAAAGGAGCACCUAUGCUGAUAGCAAGGUUUGGUCAUGGCUCAGCUGAGUUGGAGAACAGUUUGUAUGUGGUUGGAGGCCAUACAGCCAUCACUUCUGUUUUCCCCGCCUCUCCAUCCGUCUCUUUGAAACAGGUGGAACGCUACGACCCUGUCAGCAAUAAGUGGACUAUGAUGGCUCCGUUAGGAGACGGUGUCAGUAAUGCGGCAGUGGUCAGUGCUAAAUUAAAGCUGUUUGUUUUUGGGGGCACCACCAUACACAGAGAGAAGGCAUCCAAGGUCCAAUGCUAUGAUCCAGUUGGGAACCGCUGGACUAUUGCAGCUGAGUGUCCGCAACCGUGGCGCUACACGGCAGCUGCCGUCUUAGGGAGCCAGAUCUUCAUCAUGGGUGGUGACACAGAGUUCACUGCUGCCUCGGCUUAUCGCUUUGACUGUGAAAUGAAUCAGUGGACUCGCGUGGGUGACAUGACAGCCAAGCGGAUGAGCUGCCACGCCGUGGCCUCGGGAAAUAAGCUGUAUGUGGUCGGAGGUUACUUUGGGACGCAGAGAUGUAAAACGUUGGAUUGUUACGACCCAACAUCCGACAGUUGGAACUCCAUCACCACUGUGCCUUAUUCUCUGAUCCCUACCGCCUUUGUCAGCACGUGGAAACACCUACCUGCCUAAGUGGGAUCCAGCAUCAGGAGUGUAUGUGAUCAACUGCUGGCUGAAAAGAAAUGGCAGGAAUCCACCCUGCAGACAUCUUCUGGCUCGGACUGAAAGUAGACACAGAAUCUUAAACCACUUUGUAACUGUUAUACAGUGCCCUCCAAAAGUAUUGCAACAGUGAGGUCCUUUUUUUACUAUAUACUGACAACAUUUGGGUUUGACAUCAAAAGAUGAAUAUCUUUACUGUAUUAGUGUAUUACAUAUCAUGUUGUGAGGUACCCUGAGAUUCCCAGCCCUAAUCGCUAGCAAAUUCCAGCCUGACUUUUCUAUUCAUCUUGCUAAUGAGUAGUUUGCAUCUUCUGGCGUAGCUGUUGUACUUGUGUUCAUGAAGUCUUCUAUGAAGAGUAGUUGUUGAUACCUUCACUCCUGCCCUCUGCAGUUUGUUGCUGACGUCACUAACCGUUGCUUCCGGGUCUUUCUUUACAGCUCUCGCAAUGUUUGUCAUGAUGUCUGCUACUUGGUACCCUAGUGGCUUCUUUCUUUUUCAGUACAUGUUUGAGCAGAGGUUCUGAUGGAUGUUCCAUCUUCUCUGCGAUUAGCUUUCAUAUUGUUUUCACCUCUAAAUGCAGUCUAGUGAAGCAAAACCUAUCCUGCCCAAUCUGAAACUGAGCAUAGAUAUUCCGUGCUAUUUAUUGAUUGAAUAAUCAACGCAAUCGGACACACCCGGGCAACAAACCCUGUCAGUCACAUGGUUUGAUAAUAUUGUUCACAUGAACAUGAAAAACCCUCUCUAGGAGUUCAAGUAUCUCGGGGUCUUGUUCGCGAGUGAGGGAAGGUUGGAACGUGAGGUGAACAGAUGCGAUCGACGCAGCGUCUGCAGUAAUGCGGUCGCUGUACCGGACCGUCGUGGUGAAGAGCGAGCUGAGCCGGAAGGCAAAACUCUCAGUUUACUGGUCGAUCUAUGUUCCCACCCUCACCUAUGGUCAUGAGCUUGGGCUUAUGACUGAAAGAACGAGAUCGCGGAUACAAGCGUCUGAAAUGAGUUUCCUACGUAGGGGGUUGGACUCACCCUAAGAGAUAGGGUGAGGAGCUCAGAGUAGAGCCGCUGCUCCUUCACAUCAAGAGGAGCCAGUUGAGGUGGCUCGAGCAUUUAGUCCGGAAGCCUCCCAGACGCCUCCCUUGUGAAGUGUACCAGGCAUGCCCAGCCGGGGCAGACCUAGGACACACUGGAGGGAGUAUGUCACAGCUGGCCUGGGAAUGCCUUAGUGUCCUCCAGGUGGAACUGGAAGAGGUGUCCGGGGACCAGGAAGUCUGGACUUCGCUACUGAGACUGCUUCCCCCGCGACCGGGACCCAGAUAAGCGGAGGAAAAUGGAAUGUAAUGAAAAAUGGGUGGGUUCAAACAAAAGGUGCUAUCUUCUAGGAUGAUGAUAGCACCUUCUAGGAUGAUAGCACCUCUAGAAUACAUCUGCAUCCUGAAUGUUCCAGAUGUAAAUACCUGAAAUGUUGCUCUCUGGUUUGAAAUGUUUUCAGUCUACAGUAAAAAGGAAGGAAUUUACCUCACUGGUCCAAUACUUUUGGAGGGCACUGUAUAAACUGCACCUUACUGAAUGAACUGGACCGGUCAGGUCGUACGAUUAAACAGUCGAUCUUCAUGUGAUAAAAUGUGGUACAGCACAAAUACACCUGACCUAUGAGCAGCCAACGGAUCACUCAUAAGUGGGUUUCAUGUACAUUCCUGUUACGGUAACAAUUCCAAUUCCAAAGCCAUAAAUGUGAACAAUUUGCUCCAAAAAGUCACCAAACCGGAAAGAUUUUUUUUUUGUUUUUGUACCUGUGAUACUUAAAAAUUUAAAUGCUUUGAAUUUCACAUCACAGUAUUCCGUAUGUACGGUAAUAAGACUACCACAGUCCAGUUUGUGGAAGACUUUCUUGCCAAGAAAGGACUUGCAAUGGACCGCUUUGACAGUGAACUCUGAAAUUCCAAAUUGUGCCCAAAGUAUCAACAUUUACUGUGAGCACUGCCUUAAUCCUCCUGGCCGUGGAAUUUACUGCACAGAUUGUGACUGGAGUUCUCUUCCAUUCAUCGAUGAGGACACCUUGUGCCCCAUAGGCACUUAAUAGGGUUCUGGUCUGGAGGCACAUUUACCCACUCUGUCAGCUUACCCACCUUCAGCGUCCUCGGCAAGGCAGUUUGUCGUUUCUGAGGCUCCUUAUCAAGUUGCCACGCAUUGCAGUUUCCAAAAGGAGUGGUUCAUGCUUGGGAAAGUUACAGUACAUGUUGGAAUUCAUGUUUCCCUCAAUGAACCGUAGCUCCCCAGUGACGACGGCACUCAUGCGGCCCCAUAUUAUGACACUACCACCACCAGGCUUGACCGUGGGCAAUACUACCAUGACUUCUUCAACCUCUGCUGAAAUGCUGGAAGCACUUAUGUCAUUUUUUAAGGCAACCGGGGAGUACAAGGACUCUGCUUCUUUGGUCGGCCCUGGCGACAUGUUCCAAGUAGAACCUGCUUUGGUAAAACUGCUCUAGGACCUUCUUCUAAGCUAGGCAGUGUUUGUGGAGAGCAAUAAUUCAAUUUCUCUAUCGGACGUUCUUUGCCAUGAGGUGCCAAGUUGAACAUCCAGUGGCCAGUAUGAGACACCAAACUGAACUCGUCUAAUCCAUGGCAGACACAUUUGUACGGUCCAGUCAAGCAACAUGUAUAGUUAUCAAUAGGGGUGUACUGACUUGUGUUGCCAGAUAUUCUUACAAUACUGGUUGUGUUAUUUUUAAAGGACUGUAUACAGUCAAAUUUAUACAGCACUGACAACUCUUAAUUAUCACCAACUUUCAUUUCUACAAUAUUGUUCUCUGAGAAGGUGGGAUCAAAUGGUUCCUAAAAUGGGAAGGUGUAUCACUUCUGUGAGAUACUGCACAUAGCCAUCAUGGACAUGAAUUUUAUAUUCAUUUUGAGCCCUCGAUGAUUUAUUUGAACUGUUGUUUUUCUGAGGUGGAAUGAUUAACAAUGUACAUCAACCACAUGAGCGCCAGCUAGUCACUGCUAGUCAGCAAAACAAAACCCUAAAGUUGGGAGCAUCUUUGGAUUUUCCACAAAGGACAGAAAACUCGACAAAAGCCACGCCAUUUGUAAGCUAAGCAGAGCAGCUCUGAAGUACACUUAAUAGCACAACAAAUUUUGACCAGCGAGGCCAGCAGACCAACAGAUGAGCUCGGUAGCCUUUUUUCUAUGGCUGCUGCUCACCUUUUUUGGUUUGUAACUUGUUUACUUUGAAACAUUGCACCUUUUGUUACCUACCUCGAGUGUUUGUUCGGAAUGGAAUAUUUUCCACUCUGUUUUAGACAAGUAUGGCAACAUGUUUUUUUUUUCUUACCUACCGCAGAGACAUGACACACUCAGAAGACAUUUUCACUUGGAACAGAUGCACCCUGUUGUUUUUAUCUGCAUGCAUGCACACACAAACAAUUUUUAGAUAUGCCACCUUUUUCAUCUCUGUCUGAGAAGCGAUUAGCUGUCCAAAUUAGACUGGCUGGAGCCUAAUAUCCCAACAAAUGGAAAAUGGCAGUUUACACCCAUUGCAUCACAUCUCUGACAGAAGUCACUGAGGUUGGUUGUUUGCUAAUCGCUCUCUCCAGUGCUGGCAUUACAAUUGUUUGUAUCUACUUGUGUUUGAAUUCAAUUGUAAACUGUAGACUCAUUUCACAGCUGUUAGAAUAAAAUAAUGUGGGUGGACUUGUGAAAGUGACCUGUAAAAGCACCUGUCCGAACAUGUUGAAAACACUAUGCUCAGGCUGAAAUGUUGCACGCUUACUAUUGUUAUGACGUUUUAGUAUGGAAUUGUUUACUUUUCCAAGCUAGCACAGCAUUUUCAUUGCACCCAUGUGGCAAAUCUUGGCUUGGACACAUUUUUGACACUUUUGAAGAAAUGUGUCAUUAUUUGACAUUUAGUAGUUUGCAGUAUUCAUUACUUAUUAUUGAUUGGACUGAAGUCUUUAUUGAUCAAUUUUAUAUUGUUCCCAUCAAAGAAAAAAAUGUUCAUUCAGCAAGUCUUUUUGUGGUCCGUGUCUAAAAAUAAAUGCAUUUGAUAUGUGGUUCCAUUGUUUGUCUUUUGACUUUAUUUUUGCCAAUACCUUGCAGCAGGCUCGGGGAUAUGAUGUGGUCUUUUGCACACUGGAAACAACUUAAGAAUGUCAUUUUUAUAGAAUUGACUUCAUUUAAAAAUGUAAGAUUAAUAUGUACAUCAACAAAUGUUAACCGAAGAAUCAUAGCAUUUGUACGCUGCAUCGAAUUGUUCUGUUUUUACAAUGUAUUGUUUGUGAAUCAUAUCUUAACCCGUGUAUGUGCAACUCAAACCCCCACUAUUGUGUGGUUAAAUGUCCCAUUGUAAGUUUGCUCUUUGUAGCCAUCAACUCCUGCUUUUUUUCAGACCAAUUACAAUUCAUUUACUGGAUUGUAACCCUCUAACUCAUUUUGUAGGUGGAUGAAUUGGUGGCGACUCGAGUCUUGGAUAUGAGCAAUACAAUUGAUUGAAAUAUUUUUGUUCAUUCCAAUGUAUUUUCAGAUUUAAAAUUACACCUUUGUGGCAAAAAAAGGCUCAUUAACUUCUGACAUUUGAGUAAUUCUCAGCAUUUCAUUUUGAAAAGUACAGUAAUGGUAUUUGACAUUUUGACAAUAUUCCACCAAAUUGAAC